UUCCGGUGAAAGAGGAGAAGUGUCUCACACGAUUACUCUGACAAGGCCUAUCGUUACUUACCCGUAGGUAGUUAAACGGGGUUUCGGCGAUAGCCAUGGCUCUGUGAUCACCAUCAAGCCAGCUAAUUAACUUUUUAAGAAUCUGGGAGACGUCAUUAUAGACGCCGCUUUGACCAAACGCCACAUCGUCAGAGCCACAGGUUUGAACGUUACUGCCAGCUAGUUAGCUCGCUAGCUAAAGACGCAGCUAGCUAUUCGCCAACCAAGCACCUCUAAAUUAGGUCCUGGUGUCUAUUUCAAGAUGUCAACUGCUGGGUUUAACUCUCAAAAUGGGACAGGGCAGACGUAUACAAAUGGUCCUUCACAGAAUCCAGUUGCCCUGCAGCAGCUGCCAGGGGUCAGCUAUGGUAUGACUCACCAACCCCCCUACAAUCCAAUGCAGGCCAAAGCUCCCGCACCUUCCGGCCCUGGACUUUACCCUUCUGGGCCAUACCAGCCUGCUCCUCCAGGCAGCUCCUACCAGCCCGCACCACCACUCACUUCUUACCCAGCUCCUCCAGGCCAGUCAAUGCUGACCAGGCCUCUAAUUGGAACUCCACCAUCCCAUACCCCUCCUCAGUCUGCCAGCCCUAGCCCUGGUCCUAGGCUGCCCCCUGCACAGGCAACACCUCCCCCUCCUGCUGUGUCUUCUAGUGGCUACUACCCAAAUCCCCAACAGCCACAGCCCAUGGCUCCAGCAUGGCAGUAUAACACAGCUCCCCCACCAAUGGGGCCACCCACCUCCAUGAGCACACCUCCCCGCGGCCCCAUGGCUAAUCAUGUGAUCCCAGCUGCAAGCUCGACAGCACCGCCACCACCACCGUCAUCGGCUGCUUACAGCUCUGCACCCCUAGCCCCUGUGUCCCAUAGUGUCACCCGGCCCGCAGGUCCAGGGAUGCCCCCUACGUCUCUGCACACAUAUACCCAGCCAGGCGCUGCACCUCCACCAAUGACUCCCAUGGCUCCCCACACAUACCAACCAAGCAGACCUCCUUAUGGCCCACCACCUACAGGCCCACCACCAACCAUGAAACCUGCACCGCCUCCCACUGGACCCCCAAUGGCCAAUGCCACCUCCCCACCCCCCAAGGCAGAUGGAACUGCGGCUGGCAAUGGCCCACAAGCGCCAAACAGCUAUAAUCAUGUUGACAACAAAAUGGCUGGCCUGCCCCAACCCGGACCACCUGGUCGGCACCUGGGCCACUACCCUUCCCUCCCACCAGGGUACCAGAACACCUCUGCUCCUCACAACACCACCUCCCCCAUGCACCCUGCAAUGCAGGCCGCCACUCAGCCUUAUACUCAAGCACCUCAGCCAUACCAGCAGCCACCUGGUGGCCCAGGGCCAGCCCAACUGAGCCCGUCCCUGGCAGCCAUGAGCCUCCAGUCCAGCACCCCAGAGGCCCUGAGAGUGGUCAACCUGCUGCAGGAGAGGAACCUGCUGCCACCAGGUGCAAUCCCUGCCCCAACACCCUGCCUCCCACAGGACCUGCAGAAGAUCAACUGCAACCCAGAGGUUUUUCGUUCUACUCUGACCAGCAUCCCUCAGACUCAGUCACUGCUCAAUAAAGCCAAGAUGCCGCUGGGCUUGCUGCUCCACCCCUUCAAAGACCUCUCGCAGCUUCCUGUGGUGACAUCCAGCACCAUCGUCCGAUGUAGGUCCUGCAGAACUUACAUCAAUCCCUUUGUCUCUUUCUUGGACCAGAGGAGGUGGAAGUGCAACCUGUGCUAUCGGGUCAAUGAUGUUCCAGAGGAGUUCAUGUACAACCCAGUCAGCAGAUCAUAUGGAGAGCCACACAAAAGACCUGAGGUCCAAAAUGCCACCAUCGAAUUCAUUGCUCCUUCAGAGUACAUGCUGAGGCCACCACAGCCUGCUGUUUACCUGUUCGUGCUUGACGUAUCCCACAAUGCAGUGGAGACAGGCUACCUGAAUGUGUUCUGCCAGUCACUGCUGGACAACAUCAACUCACUCCCUGGAGACUCUCGGACAAAGGUAGGCUUCAUCACCUUUGACAGCACCAUCCACUUCUACAACCUCCAGGAGGGACUUUCUCAGCCUCAAAUGCUCAUCGUGUCUGACAUCGAAGAUAUAUUUUUACCAACACCAGACAGCCUUCUAGUAAACCUCAAUGAAUGCAAAGAGCUUGUGCAGGAUCUGCUGAAGAGCCUGCCAACUUUAUUUCAGAAGACCAUGGAGACACAGUCUGCACUGGGGUCAGCUCUGCAGGCAGCCUUCAAGCUGCUGUCGCCCACCGGAGGGCGCAUGUCUAUCUUUCAGACCCAGCUGCCUAGCCUCGGUGUGGGGGCACUCCAGUCCAGAGAAGACCCCAACCAACGGGCAUCUGCCAAGGACAUCCAGCACUUAUCCCCGGCGACAGACUUCUACAAGAAGCUGGCUCUGGACUGCUCUGGCCAGCAGGUGGCGGUUGACUUGUUCCUGCUCAGCUCUCGAUACUGCGACCUGGCAUCGCUAGGCUGCAUAUCCAGAUACUCUGCAGGGAGCGUUUACUACUACCCCUCCUACCACCACCAGCACAAUCCCGCUCAGGUGGAGUGCUUCCAGAAGGAUCUGAAGAGAUACCUAACGAGGAAGAUCGGCUUUGAGGCCGUCAUGAGGAUACGCUGCACCAAAGGUCUAUCCAUCCACACGUUCCACGGAAACUUCUUUGUGCGCUCUACAGAUUUGUUGUCCCUUCCCAACGUGAAUCCAGACGCCGGCUUUGCGGUUCAAAUGUCCAUCGAGGAAAAUCUAGACGACAUGCAAGUCGUCUCAUUCCAGGCCGCGCUGCUUUACACGUCCAGCAAAGGCGAGAGGAGGAUCCGUGUCCACACCUUGUGUCUCCCUGUGGUCAAUUCUCUGUCGGACAUCUUUGCAGGUGCUGAUGUUCAAGCCAUCUCUGGACUUCUGGCUUGCAUGGCUGUAGACCGCUCAGUAACAGCCAGUCUGAGUGACGCCAGAGAUGCGAUGACCAAUGCUGCCAUUGACUCGCUGACGUCGUAUCGGCAGUCUGUGUUGACCAUCCAGCAGCCCGGCUUGCUCACCCCGGCCUGCCUCAGACUCUUCCCCCUCUUCAUCCUUGCUCUGCUCAAACAGAGAGCUUUCAGGACGGGCACCAGCACCAGGCUGGAUGACCGGGUGUUUGCUAUGUGUCAGCUGAAGUACCAGCCGCUGGCCUACGCAAUGCUGAUGAUCCACCCUGCUCUGUACCGUGUUGACAAUCUGACGGAUGAGGGAGCUUUGAACAUCAAUGAGCGGACCAUCCCUCAGCCCAGAGUGCUGCAGCUGUCUGUGGAGAAGCUCAGCAGGGAAGGAGCUUUCCUCAUGGAUGCUGGAACGGUGAUGUAUCUGUGGAUCGGACGGAACUGCCAGCCCAACUUCCUCACACAAGUCCUGGGAGUUCCCAGCUACGCUGCCGUGCCUGAUAACCUGUAUCUGCUCCCAGAGCUGGACACUGCCGAGUCGCAGAGAACCAGAGCUUUCAUCGGAUGGCUCCGAGACCAGAGGCCGUUCUUUCCCUCCCUGCACGUCAUCAGGGACGAGAGCCAGCUGAAGCCCACCUUUAUGCAGAACAUGAUCGAGGACCGAACAGAGUCGGCCCUGUCAUACUACGAGUUCCUGCUUCACCUCCAACAGCAAAUCUCCAAAUAAUUUUCAGUGGGUCUGUGGAGAAGAGGGAACACUGACACGAGGACAUGCAUAAGCGUAUGUGUGUGUGUAUGUAUGUACAUGAUGUGUGUGUGUGUGGCUGUGUGUGUAUAUGUUUGAAAGCAGUGGGAGUCAGACUCAAGGAUGCCUCUUGCUUCCUCUCCAGCUGUGGCCCACCAUCUCUCUGAGGAAAAGCUGAACUGAUGUGAAAUGUCACUAAAAUCAAAAUAUGUGACAGACAUUGCGAGGACAGAGAGACAAAGAAUCUAUUCUGAUGCUUAUUUGACACUUUUUAACCAGCUGAAGCUUUGCAUUGGAAGAAGAAGAAGAAAAAAAAAGCAAGAAAUCCAAGAUGAUGAUGGUGAUUAUAUAUGUCAGUGAUCGAAUGAAUCAGUGUUUAUUCUCAUAGAACAAUGCUGUCUAACUGAGGUAUCGUUCAGAUACAGUCCAGGCAAACUGAUGUGUAAAGUGUUUUUGUUCCAAAAGCACAGUCGUCUUUACUAAAACAAGUCAAAUGUAUGUUUGUAUGUGUGCUUAAGACUAGGUUUGUGAGGAAGGGUUAGUAUGUCUGCGCUCAAAGACUGUUAUUGAGUGUCACCAGGAGUAUUUGUACACAGAACACCUGAGCUCUAACAACACUCUUAAUAUUGUACCUGAAGGACAGAACGUGUGCUUUUUUUAUUUCCCAGUCAUUAUAAUUGUGUGUCGAACAAAUCUGUAGACUCUGUUGUAAAAGGCAGGAAUGUUGAAGGUGUUUGAAGGUGGAUCGACCUUGCCGUCAUCGCUGCCUUGAAUGUGUGGACUCGGCAGUGGAAAGUCUUUUUCGUUGGUCUGAUCUGUCCUUCAGAAACUCUCUGUCAUCCUCUCUAUCUCUGGACAUUCAGAACACCCCUGAUGACAUCGCUGUUCUGUUUGUUUCUUUUUUUGUUUCCGAUUAUCUAAUAAUUUAUAAGACUCCCUAUCUGAUUAAAUUCUAUAAUUGCCUUGUAUGGGAAGUCACUUUUUAUUAUUAAACCUCUGUUUAAAUACAGACUCUAUAUAUGAAAUAUUUUAAUAUAAUAGGAUAUGGGAAAUUCUUUAACACAGACAUAACAAAGCCAUUGUGAUCUUUUAAUCAUGCUUAUUGAUACUUGUAUAUUGAAAAAGACUGCGUUAUAUAAAGGUGAAGAAAUGCUGAUGAUUUUAGUAUAAACAUUAAGGUGAAAUGACGCUAAGGAAAUAAAAUGUUUGGGACUUUUUAAA